UCAAAGACCACUAAAUUUUUACAUCACUUUUCCACUGUGGUAUUAAAGAGUGCAAGAGAUUGCGUGCAUUCGAAACAUAGUUCACUUAUAAGUAGUUAUGAGUGAACCCAACAGUCGUAUUAUAGAUUUUAGACAACAGUUUCAAAAAUGCAGACUAGUUUGCUGUUUAUAAUGUUUUGUUGAGUUUAAGCAUCCAUUUAGUUGACGACCAGAGCCGGCUCGUGCAGAGCAGAGCGCUGGUUACGCCAGCCGCCUCUCUCCAUCUGAUUCUGCGCACACACAAAGCAAAGCCUGUCAUCCUGCAAACACAGCCUGCUCAGCACAGGCGGAGAAAAGCUAGAAAGCAGAGGCAAGCUAAGUUCCGCAACCGAGCAUGGCUUCGGGGGACCUUUACGAGGUCGAAAAAAUUGUGGACAAAAGGAAGAACAAAAAGGGCAAAUGGGAAUAUCUUAUCCGGUGGAAAGGUUAUGGAAGUAAUGAAGACACAUGGGAACCUGAACACCAUUUGUUACACUGCGAGGAAUUUAUUGAUGAAUUCAAUUGUCAUAAUAGUUCUGCAGACAAGGAGGCAAAAAUUGAAAAACGGGGUGAUGACCCAAAAUAUCUACAAGAAACUAAAGAAAUAUCACUUGAAAAACUGUGCAACAGGUCCUCUGAACUUACAAAAGGGAAAGGAAUAUCUCACAAGAAAAAAUCAAGUAACACUAGUCAUCAAAAAAUGAAAAAAGGCUUUGCUGGAAAGCAUGUGUCUGGAGAGAGAGCAACAAAAACUGUAAGUUACAGGACUACUCCCAAUGGACUACAGAUAAUGCCAUUAAGGGGGUCUCAUAAUGAACAGCAGAAUGGAGACACUGAAUCAGAAAAAGAACUUGUAGAAUUUGAAAAUGUCACAGAACAAAAACUAGUUAUAACAGAUGGUGAUUCUGAGCACCAUGAAUCUAAUAACUUGGAACAAAACCACCAGUCUGUUAUAAAUGGAUUGGAUGGUGACAUUACUAAUGGAGAAAAUAACCUGCAUAAUGCUGUGAAAAGAAAGUUACCUAGUGACAAAGACUGUGUGUUUGACAAACGCCUGAGGUACAGUGUUCGCCAGAAUGAAAACAACUGCCGAUUUAGAGACAUUGUGGUCAGGAAAGAAGAAGGUUUUACCCAUGUACUGCUGUCCAGUCAGACAUCCGAUAAUAAUGCUUUAACGCCAGAGAUUAUGAAGGAAGUGAGAAGGGCAUUGUGCAAUGCAGCAGCUGAUGACAGCAAACUCUUAUUACUCAGUGCCGUGGGAAGUGUUUUCUGCAGUGGUUUAGAUUACUCAUACUUAAUUGGAAGGUUGUCUAGUGACAGGAGAAAAGAAAGUACACGAAUAGCAGAAGCCAUAAGAGACUUUGUAAGUGCCUUCAUCCAGUUUAAGAAGCCUAUUGUUGUUGCCAUUAAUGGCCCUGCACUUGGUUUAGGGGCAUCAGUGCUACCCUUAUGCGAUAUAGUGUGGGCCAGUGAAAAGGCUUGGUUUCAAACACCGUAUGCGACUAUUAGGCUUACGCCAGCUGGCUGCUCAUCCUUCACAUUUCCACAGAUACUUGGAAUUGCACUGGUAAAUAAAUUCACUUUUUGCCAGCCAAAAAUGAUUGCACAAGAGGGAUGUAGCCAGGGUCUUAAGCAGCAGUUGCUCAUGCCCACCCUCUUCUCUCAAAAGGUGUAUCUCAGAUUACUGGAGAAAGCAUCUUGCAGGGCAGUAGUACUAGAAGAAUCCAAAUGCUUAGUGAGAAGUUUUUUAAAAUCUGUACUGGAAGAUGUAAAUGAAAAAGAGUGUCACAUGAUGAAGCAGCUGUGGAGCUCAUCUAAAGGACUAGAUUCAUUGUUUAGCUACCUUCAAGAUAAGAUAUAUGAAGUCUGAAGUAGUCCUCUUCAUGUCUUCCAUGUUUGUUUUUCUCCAAAAUCCUCAGCUUGGAGUUCCAGAGGGACUGUGAUGCAUUCUGAUGUGGUUUAAUGCAUAAUUAAACCUUCAACGUGUAGGACUAAGGUGUCGCACCUUGAGAUAUCUGCACAGUUCAAACCAUUUUAACUGCAUAAUUCUGAACUGGUAUAUGGAGUGCAGCGUCUUACGGUACUAAAGUGGUGUCCACAGCAGAGAACAGUAUAGGAAAAACCUUUGUGGGCUUUGUGGAAUCCAUAGCACUCAGUUAUUUUCCUUUGUUUUGAAUAUGUAAUUUAGUAGACCAACUUCUGUUCUACAAAUUUAAAAAAAAGUGAGAAUGAAAACAUGCUCUUUUGAGUGCAUCAGUUUGCUGUGUUGUAAAAUAUAUAUAUUCCAAGCUACAAACAUCCUAUUUUGGCAUUCGCCAAAUAUUUAAAAGCCAUAUUUCAGUUCAAUGAUUUCUAUCUAAUCCUCAUUAUUUUAUGUAUUUUGAAACUUACAAAUCUUUAUUUAUGAAUUACAUUCAGUCUCUUCUAUAACUUCAUGUUGUAUAUGUUGUGUCUUUCUUGAAGCUUCCUUAUAUGCUUAGGUUUUACAAUAUUGUUAUGUGAAACUACUGGAAUUUUUAUAAAUUAAUUUACAUUGUCUGAAUUAUGGAUUUCUAAAGAAUCCCAUACAAAUAUAUUUUUUCACAUUGGAAAUAAGUAGUUCCAGUGCAUUUUCUUGUCCCUUCCAAUUGUCGCCAAGUGUUUACAGCCUAAUUUGCAAAGUAUAAAGCAACAAUUUACAAGCACACAAAUGAUUAUUUUUGCAGUUAGGCAACAUUAAAAUCUAAUACAUUAUGUUACUUAAAAUAUGGAAGCAACUUGACGUUUCAAGUGAAAUUGAAACAUUUAAUGUCAACUCCUGGAGUCUCAUGUUUGUUUGUUUUUGUUACCUGCACCUUUUUAUUGCACAAAAUAGUGUAAAAGAGAUACUUACAGGAUGGCAUUAACUUGAACUGAAUUAUUUUUGGAAACCUCUGUGACCCGAAAUGAAUAAAAUAUAGGUGCACUUAGUUUGAGGACAUAUUGGAAGAAACUUGAGUUUUGAUCUAUUUUGAUAUUUUUUUUACACUGAACAAGCAUAGGCUAACCUUGCUUACACACUGCUAUGUGUGAUGCUCAGUACAGACACAUAUAUAGAAAUAAGCUAGUUCCUGUGAAUUGAAAGAUAUUUUUGUAAGACGCUGUCUUGCAGAAACCAGUGGGAUACAUUUUCCAAGCAAACAGUUGUUUACCUUUAUAGAUAACAGCAACUAUGGAAUACCUGUAUUCUAGAUUCCGAGUGUCUUCUGGAGUAUAACCUCAUUAUUUGCACUAUGUUUCUGUCAGUUAUUAUGCACCAAUAGUUUAAUAUAAACAUGUUCAAGUUAUGUAUGUAGCAGUUCUCUUGCAGAAUCAUUUCUGAAUCAUCUGUAGGUUGUGUUUGUAUUCAUCUGUUUUCACUUGAUGCAUCUAAAUGCAAAACCUCAUUUUCUUAAACACAGGAAAAUGUUAAAGGGAGUGUUACUCUAUUUUUGUGUAAUUUAUCAACUGUGAUUAAGAAACAUUGCUAAGUUUAGCAUUCAUUUUGAGUUUAUAGUGUUAUAACAUGUGGAAAUGGUCCAUUCAGCCAUCUUAUUGUUUGCUGUAGUUUGGUUUCAUAAACUAUAAAAUGAAGGAAAAUCUGUGUUUUUCUUUAAUUUGUAAUAUGCAUAUUUUUUUUAAAGAAAUUAAAGCGUUUCAGCAAUA